AUGUCUUCUACCGAGCAGACCUUCAUCGCCAUCAAGCCCGACGGUGUCCAGCGUGGACUCGUUGGCCCCAUCAUCUCUCGCUUCGAGAGCCGUGGCUUCAAGCUCGCUGCCAUGAAGCUCUGCUCUCCCUCCAAGGCUCACCUUGAGCAGCACUACGCUGACCUCAGCUCCAAGCCUUUCUUCCCCGGUCUCGUCUCCUACAUGCUGAGCGGCCCCAUCGUCGCCAUGGUCUGGGAGGGCCGCAACGUCGUCAAGACUGGCCGCACCAUCCUCGGUGCCACCAACCCCAUUGACUCUGCUCCUGGCACCAUCCGUGGUGACUUCGCCAUUGAUGUCGGCCGCAACGUCUGCCACGGCUCCGACAGCGUCGAGAACGCCCAGAAGGAGAUUGCCCUCUGGUUCACCAAGGAGGAGGUCCAGAACUGGAAGCUCAACGCUUUCAGCUGGAUCUACGAGAAGGAGUAAAUUCGCUCUGCGGGACCUUGGGCUUCGAAAGAGGCCCGCAAUCCGGCACCAUAGGAGGCGGCUGAUAUGACCAGAUAUCUGCCUUCAGAGUUAUAGAAUUUAUACAAAUCAAAACAUUCCCAUCAUAGUUCC